GCUCAUUAAAAAAAAAAGCGGCAAUUAAUAGUUUGACAGUUUGAAUGACAAUUAAAACGCGCGGAAAUUGAAAGUUAGUGAGUGAUUCGUGUUUUUUUUUAACUUUUUUUGUGCUGGUGCAUUGCUUGUCUGGGAUAAUAUUUUUGAGUUUCCGGGAAAAUGUUUCCCCCUUGGAGAGCGUUCCUUCUACUUUUGCUAAGCGUCGCGCUAGCAGAAGACUCACCACCCGGUCUCGUCAGCAAAGACAUCGAACAGGAUCUGGUCGCCGAAGCAUCAGAAUCAGGUGCCCAAGCUCAGAAGCGUGAUGCUGCGCUUUCAAAUUCGUACGGCGAACCACUACCAGCUAACGCGUAUGGACCACCGCUGGACUUAAAUAUUAUUCCAGAUAUUCAACUACCAGCACCGAUUUAUGGAGUGCCCGACAUCAAAGGCUUCCCCGACACGCCGCCUGGAGCCUACGGACCUCCAUCGCCUGUGGUCUUCCCCAACCAACACUACGAAGGUCCACCGCCUCCCGUCCAAAAACCGAAACCUAUCUACGGCCCACCGAAGCCGAAACCAGUGUACGGACCACCAAAGCCUAUCUACGGUCCUCCAAAACCAGUUUAUGGACCACCAAAGAAAACCUACGGUCCACCUAAAUUUACAAUCCCAAAGCCGAAUUACGGCGCACCAUUUAAACCGCCGAAGAUCACCUUUACGAAACCGGUAUAUAGUGUAUCCAAACCGGUUUAUGGUGUACCAAAACCGGUUUAUGGUCCGCCGAAGAUUACUUACGGUGCGCCAUUAAACGUACCUAAUUUCCAAUUACCGGAUCUGUCAAAUCAAAUCUUCCAGCAAAAUGUUGGUGUCGGUAAUUUCGAUUUGGGAUUGAAUCUACCAGCUCCGAUAUACGGAACUCCGUUACCCAGUCUUCCGUUGGAUUUGAAACCUAAUUUCCCAAUACCAUCAGACACUUAUGGUCCACCGGGUCAUAUAUUAGGACCAGUAGGACCCAACGACCAAGUGGUAGUCCAAGAUUUUGACCACAGUGGUCAUUAUGGUCCUCCACAACCGGACCCAAAUCCAAGACCACCUCAUCCAGGUAUCCCUGCCCCACCUACACCACCUCACGUCUUGUAUGACGGAUGGAAACCAAUUCCCGGAGUAUCUAAGCCAUUGGUAGAACACGUUGAUAUUCACACUUCUAAUAUUCACACAUCUAACAUCAAUUCAGCAUCUCAUGUCCACAUUGACGAUCAGUAUGGACCUCCACCACCAGUACCACAAGUACAGGAAGUCCACAUUAACUUAGGUGGUAACUUACAAAAUGUCAACCAAGGAUAUUCCAACGCUCAAAUAACAUCAGGCUAUUCCAACGUACACCAAGAUGCAUUAGCGAAUAUUGAUCUAAACGCGAUCGUAGGCGGAGAUUCCAACCACAUCGACCAAUCGAAGACUGUCUUCGAAGCUCAUUAUACGGAAAACAAUCCUCAUGGUAACCUUUUAAUCCAAUCAACUGGACUUGACAAGCCAAUAGAUACCUACAGCGCUCCACCAUUAGACUCAUUAUCCAAUGGACCUUACCCACCUUCUUUGAGACAACAAGGCGCGAAGCUUAUCUCACCUGCAAGUAUAUACGGAGUACCAAAAGCUCAUGCUAACCUCCCAAUACCUUAUGGUACAUUCUCCGGAGGAGGACACUCUAUACACACUGGUGGUAACACACCUAAACACCCAAUCAAAUUCAGAGAAUCAGUACCCGAAGGAUUAAUACAGCAAAUCGGACAUACUGUACACCAUAAAGAUUCCCAUGGUAUAGAUCAUUUGAAACAAGGACCUGGAUAUUUACCUCCACCUAUUAGAGAAGUGAAAGAUAUAAAUUCGCAAACCGGUAACCAUUACAACGGAGUCUCCGUGUCUAUUGAGCCAUCGAAUCUGUACAGUUUACCACAUUCAGGCAAUCCGAUAACCUUCCAAAGUCUACAGCAACCGAGCAAUUUGUACGGAUCACCGAUAGACUCGUAUUCCGCACCUUUACUGACUGUAGGCGACCAUACUGCGUCAGGUUCAAGCAACAAUGCAGUCACCGCGACUAUAGACGGAACUAUCCUAGCGAACCUUUCAAGCUUGGAAGCUGCAGCCAUAUUAAAACAUUGUCCUUACCAUGAAGCUAUUCUAAAAGCAGCGAAGGCAGGUGAGAAAAUCCCAGCAGAUUUGGCAUCGAAAUACGUCGCUAGCUUAAGUACUUUAGGUUCCACAUUCGCUAAAAAUCACCAAAAUAUUAUAACAUCUCAAAAUAAUUUUAAUAUACCAGCUCCAGCCAGUGAAUCUGUUUCUUACCACACCAAAGAUCUAUCUACAGCGUCGCACACUUUAGUACAAACCAUCCUACCAACAAAUACAAUAAAGAACGAAAAGACAGAGAAAACAAGCAUCCAAAAAGGUAAAUCAUUAAAAGACGAGAUCGGCAAACAUACGUACAAGGAUAACAUAAACUCUGUGUCCGAACAAAUAUAUCACACUUCGCAGAAAAUUAAAAACCUAAGCGAAGAAACCAAACGAUUACAACAAAAGCUAGCUUCAAGCAAUCAAAAUUUGAAUAAAUUCGGACAAUUCGGCUCUGAAAUUCCCAUUAAAGGUAACUUAGCGACAUACUCUUUACAAAUACAAUCAUCAGAAGACGGAAAAGGUAAAGGGAGUCCAUCAAUACCUCACGAGCAAUUAUUAUCAGAAGGCUUACUUCAAAGCAUUUUACAAGCGAUAGAAGAACCUUCACAACCUCAGAAAUCCGUACAAACUAUAAAACAGUCAAACUUUGAUUUCGGUAACAUAGAUAUCGGUGGUUUAGAUUUACCAGCCGGUUACGAACCUAUAGACAGAACCAAAGAGAAACCACAGCAAAAAGACCAAGAGACACAAGGAACUAAGAACAUACAACAAAUAUUGCACAGAGAAAGCACAGAUCACAAAAAUGAUGAUCACAGUGACUGUGAUUUGAAACCUGAUAAUUCAGUAACACACACUAUCGUGGUUCCAGCUCCUGGUGUAGAAACAAUACAACAAUUAAAAGAUGAUAACGACGUAGCAAUAUACUUCGGUAAUUCCAUCACCGAUACAAAACCGGUAACCGAAACAUCGGUAACAACCGUAACGGAAAAUUACAGUAAGCAAAGUUUCGGUGACAAGGUUAAACGAUCGUAAACGAUUGAAUUUAGUAUAGGUUCUAGUCUAGACCAGUGAGCUACAAUAAAGUUGUGAAUAUUCAAAUAGUACAAAUAAAUCAAGUUACACAUCAAAUAUAAAAUAAAUAAAAAAAAACAUCUAAUCCGACUUAGUACAAGAAAUUUCAUGAAAAAAAAAAUAAAAAAUCUUUAUUUAAUUUCUUGGUUUGUAUCGGUUUACAUUUGGAUCGUACACUUUGACAUCAGAUCAAAACGGGUAUUUUAUGAAGUUUAAAAGUUGAUUUUUACACUGGGAUAAUAAAACAAUAUUUUAUUACGCUCACUGGAGCCAUUCAAUAGGCUUAAAUUAAUUAAAAAUAUAAUUUUCAUACAAAACUCUCGAUGUAAAAUGGACGCCAUAUUUUACUGUUUUGACAGAUUUAUUGUGAAAAUAAAACUGUCAACACUUGCCGCGAACAUUUUGAAUGUAUUGUAAAACUGAGUAAUUUAUUU